UUUUGAAUGUUUAAAUUGUCAUUAUCAGUAAGCAAAGUGCUAGCUUAUAGAGUUACUGUAGGUACGCGGAAACUCUAAAUCUUUAUCUUUAGUAAUGAUGAAGGAUUGGAAGAAUAAUCAAUAUAUUUGUUUAAUGAUAAAGGAUGUCAUAUCUUCGAUAAAAAAUGGAAAAUCUUUUAAUUUACCAGGUGUCUUGGAAGUAUUCAAUACAAUAAGAGAUGUCGACAUGCAAGUUAAAUUAUUAUCGAUUCUAUCAGCUUACUUAAUGCUUGAUGAUCCCAACAUAGAAGCGGUCGUCACAUUCAGCCCGCUAUAUGACCAAGUUUGCAAAAUAUUAGCAGACUGCCCUCAAAAGAAAACUACAAUUAUAUUCAAUUUUCUAUCGGCUCUACUUUACGUGAAUGAAGAAGAUAGCGUAAAGAGAAAGAGCAUGGUUGUGUAUGCCAGAAACAUGAUGAGAAGCAGCGGAUGUCUGGCGAGUCUCUGCGACCUGUUUACAAGUUCUAUGAUGAAUCAAGAUGCCUGGCGAGCUUUAUGCCGAUGUCUUGCCGAAACGUGUCGCGGCAUUGAAGCGAAUCAAAGUUACUGUACACACCUGGUUCCAUUGUGUGUGCAGAAAUGCAGCAAAAGAAAUGUCGAGGUGCUUCUAGUUCUACAGAGCUUGCUACAGAACCACUGCCGUAAUAUAAGCCUCUUCCUUGAGUGUAAAGGACUAGCCUUGUUUCAAAGAGAUUUUCUACAACUUGACGUCUGCCUGCAGCUCCUUGCAAUAGUAACGGAGAGUUCUCCCGAAGCAGUAGCACUUAUUGCUGGAACUGACAUUUGUGAACAGCUGCGAGAUUUCUUGCAUUUAUAUGGACCGCAGUCAAAGUUAGGACAAUGGGCCACAAUAAUUUUGCAUCAUACAUCUAAAGUUAAAGGAUGUGGAGGCACAAAGGUGUUGUUUAAGAACAAAACUAAUAAACCCGAUGAACCUUUGGUCGGGACUAUAAGUCAAGAGAAGCAAAACUAUAUUUCAGAAUGCAGUACAGAUACCACCAGACUUUUCAAAAACGUUAUACAUGAAAUUUAUCAAAGUGGCGCUCAAAACGACUUCAAAAAGGCACAAGAAAUAUUUUCUCUUAAAAUGAAUGCCGAAAAUCAAACAACCAACCAACAGAUCACUCGAACCAUAUUCUACAAUACAACACGAACUAAUAAUACUAGAAUAGUAAGUAAGCCUUCUUGUUUAGGCAAUAACACGAAAAUAAUUAAAAAUAAUACUCUGCGCUAUGACCAGACUAAAGAAUUAUCAUUUUCAUUCUUGCGGAACCAAGAUCUUACUAAACCGCUAGAGACCACUAAAUUCAAUACGCCUGACAAAACGUAUCGGACCUUCGAUAGAACAAAAAAUCCUUCUAAAAAUAACUUAAAGAAUGACAGCGUUUAUCAAACUUCGAUACUUAUCCAAGGAAGUAACAACAGUACAAUAGAAACAAACGAUUUUAAACCUUACUUUGCGUCUACGCCCAAAACAGAAAGUUUUGAAGAAUCCCGUCAAAGCUCAAUGUAUCGCAAGCAGAAACUACGAUAUGAGAUGAAAAGACGUAGAGAAAACAAGAAACGUUUGGAGAGGAGCAGUGCCGUUACAGAAAUUAAACGUCGGUCUAUUAGUGGACGAUUUUUCGAAGUUAUCAAUGAAUCGUGCACGACCUUGGUAAAAACUGUAAAAAAUAUAUUCCGACCUAAAAGUAACGAAGACGAAACUAAAGAACAUUCUUUAGUUCAAACUUCGAAACAAGACAAGACCUGCAACUAUAGCUUUACCAAUUACAUGCGCAAAAGAGAUGCAAUCUUGUUAAAUGAGUGUUCCCACAAGUCUGAGGAUGAAACGGUAGGUUCGAGCUCAAAUGAAGACGAAGAUGUUGAAGAUAUAAGCGUUGCGAUGUCAAACGCGUGUAACACUUGUAAUAAUACCAUCUCGUUGAAGUGCAAACUAGAGAAAGAUGAGCAUUUGAAGAAAACAAUAAGAAAGCUUAAACUAGGUAUUAAUUUGUACGGUUGCGAUUUUAAGAAAAUUUCUAGAGCUAUGUGGCCACAGGAAAGUUAUAUGACACCCGCAGUUCUCUAUAAUCUAUACAGGAAAUUAAUUAUAAAAUAAAUUGAUUAUAA